CUCUUAUCUUGCUCCUUGCUCUGCAUGCUUGAUGGAAAAAAAAAACAGGAAAUGGAGACUUAAAACUAGUUUAAUCUCUUUUCCUAUCUUCCUUCCACUCACGAAUGCCAGUAUCAGUAUAAGAAUACUGGCUUUGUGGCCAAGUUAACCCCCCCCCCCACUAACCUCGGGCUCUUCAUCGUUCCGUGGAUGAUGACAGACUCUCAAUCACCAUUCACGACCUUAUGCAGAGCCAUGGUGCAGGAGCUGAUGGCGGGGUACGACAGAGGCCACCAGUCCACGAAGAAACAAGGUGUAAAGGAUGGACAUCCCCACACGGGAGACAAGACUGUCCCAGGUCUUAUCGCGAAGCACGGAUACCCCGUGGAGACACACACGGUGACGACAUCAGACGGAUACAUGCUAGACAUCCACCGGAUCCCCCAUGGUUCGAGCGGACCAGGCAAGAGACCCCGGAUCCCCGUCCUCAUCCAACACGGCCUCCUUUGCUCCUCAGCCGACUGGCUCGUCAGCGGACCCGGAAAGGCACUCGGUUUCAUUUUGGCGGAUGAAGGAUACGAUGUUUGGCUCGGAAAUGUGAGGGGAAAUAGGUACGGGCGACGCCAUCGCACCUUGUCCCCCCAAGACGAUGCUUUCUGGUCCUUCAGGUAUCGCAAUGCGGGAGUUGGGAGUGUUUCCUACAGGAGUCUAUAG